AUGGGCUUUUUCACACGAUUACAAUUCCAUGAACCUACUUGUGUAAAGUCGUUAACAAUUCACUGUCUCAAACCACUCACUGGAGCGGAAGAGAUAGAUAUUUUAUACUCUGAAUGCGAGCAUGAUCAUUGGAAAGUCGUGCAUUACACGAAUACAAAAGAAAAGUUUCUCUUAAAAACGGAAGUGGUCGCACGACAGUUAUCGAUUUCUAGUCCUAUAGUGCUUUCAAUCAUUGAUGUACAAGUGGAUACGUGCAACAAGAACGUGACAAUCCCUAGGUAA